AUGAAACCGGGGGACUGGGUUAUUGCUGCUUUGCUGCAGUUGAAUGAUUACUUUGAGAGUGAUUCCAACAUGUCUGACUCAUGGGUGGUUUGUGUCCCGAUAUCUUUGCAAUAUUACCGCCAUUACUUGGCCUUCAUAUUUGCAGUUGAGGAGAUAAACAGGAGUUCCUGGAUCCUGCCCAAUAUAACUCUGGGCUACCAGAUAUUUGACUCCUGUGGUUCUACAACAAAGUCUCUCUCUGGUGCAUUGAGUGCAAUUUCUGGAAAGCAACAAAAUGUUCCCAAUUUCAGCUGCUGGGGGAACAGUAAGGUGGUGGGAUUUGUGGGAGACUUGUCUGCCGAUACAACAUACACCAUUGCCCAACUUGUAGGAGUCCUUAGUUACCCACAGAUAAACCAGUUUGUGCGCAAUGUGACCUUUACCACUUUUCCCAAUGACACCCACUCCUUCAACAAAUACGGGGACCCGCCGGCACAGUUUAACAUCAUAAAGUUGCUUUUCUUACCGGGGGAUCGUUCUGUUAUAACAAAAGUUGGGAACUUUAAUGUAUCAGACCACGGCACACAAUUUUAUAUCAAUAACAGCGCUGACUUGUGGGGCCCACACUUUAACAUGACACCUCAGUCUCUCUGCAAUGAACCUUGUGCCCCGGGAUAUAGAAAGUCUAAAAUAGAAGGGGCGCCAUCUUGUUGUCAUGACUGUGUCCCAUGUAUCGAUGGGGAAAUGUCCAACACAUCAGAUUCUUCAACUUGCUUCAGAUGCCCUGGGUAUGAAAUGUCCAAUAAACAGAGAACUGCUUGUGUUCCCAAAAUGAUAAACUACCUUUCCUAUGAGGAGACUCUGGGGGCCAGUUUGGCUUCCAUUGCCUUGGUGCUCUUCCUCACAACUUCUGCAGUACAGGGAGUUUUUGUGAAAUAUUGGGAGACUCCUAUAGUGAGAGCCAAUAACCAACAUCUCAGCUGUCUCCUCCUCAUCUCUCUCAUGUUGUGUUUCCUCUGCACUUUAUUAUUCAUUGGGCGCCCAACUCAGAUAUGUUGUCUCCUCCGACAAGUAACAUUUGGGAUUGUAUUUACUAUUUCUGUUUCUUCUGUGUUGGCUAAAACUCUCACAGUUAUUAUUGCCUUCAAUGCCACAAAGCCUGGGAGCAAGCUGAAGAAGUGCAUCGGCUCUCAAGUGCCUAUUGUAUUUGUAACUAUAUGCUCUUUGGGCAAAAUUGGAAUCUGUAUAGUCUGGAUGGCUUUUGAUCCCCCAUUUCUGAAAGCUGAUAUGUUUUCUGAGAGGAACACCAUUAUUUUACAGUGCAAUGAGGGAUCUGUUACUUUCUUCUUCUGUAUAAUUGGAUAUAUAGGAACGUUGGCCCUACUGAGUUUCAUUGUUGCAUUUCUAGCCAAGGAUUUCCCUGACCGAUUUAAUGAGGCUAAAAACAUCACUUUCAGUAUGUUGGGGUUCUGUAGCGUGUGGGGGGCAUUUGUCCCUGCAUACCUGAGCAGUAAGGGCAGUAGAAUGGUGGCAGUUGAGAUAUUUGCCAUCUUAUCCUCCAGUGCUGGGUUAUUGGGCUGUAUAUUUGCCCCUAAGUGUUACAUUAUAUUUCUCAGGCCUGAACUGAACACAAAAAUUGCACAGUGGAUUUUCCCUCCAAAGAAACCAUUUGUGAGAAAAAAAGUUGGAGAAUUUUAUGCGUCUGAAAGUGAUGAGAAUGAUUUCUAUAUCAUUAACAGCUCAGAGCUGUGGACUCCCUACUUCUCAAAGUUUCCCCAGUCCCUGUGCAAUGAGCCGUGCCCUCCGGGGUACAGGAAGUCCAAAAUACAAGGGGCACAAUCUUGUUGCCAUGACUGUGUCCGGUGUUUAGAGGGGGGAAAUGUCCAACACAACAGGUGUGGCUUGCUGUGA